UCUGCUAGCAAACCCGAAAAAUAAAACAAAAUAUAAUCAUCUUCCUUUUUGGUUCUUCCCCAUUCAUAUGUUGGUCCUUGAAAUGUUAAAUGAAAAAUAAACACAGAAAGAAAAAAAUUCAAGAAAAAAGAGUGUAGAGGUUGUUAAAGAUGGCGGGGAAUGAAUGGAUAAAUGGGUAUUUGGAGGCGAUUUUAGACAGUGGAAAAGACGAAAAUCAGAAGCCGAUAAAUGGGUCAUCGACGGUGGGUGUGCAUGUGAGUGGGAGGGAGAGAAGUGUGCAUUUUAAUCCUACCAAGUAUUUUGUAGAAGAAGUGGUGAGUGGUGUAAAUGAAACUGAUCUUCAUCGGACAUGGAUCAAGGUGGUUGCGACACGGAAUACGAAAGAGAGAACCUCCCGACUUGAGAAUAUGUGUUGGCGCAUUUGGCAUCUUACCCGCAAAAAGAAACAGUUGGAAUGGGAGGAUCACCAAAGGAGGGCACACCGGAGGCGGGAGCGGGAACUAGGUCGAAGAGAUGUCACCGAUGACAUGUCUGAAGAUUUAUCUGAAGGGGAGAAAGGAGCUGUUUUAGGAGAGUUGGUAAACUUUGAGAGCCCUAAAAAGUCAAUCCAAAGAAACCUUUCCCAUCUGGAAGUGUGGUCUGACAAUAACAAAGAGAAGAAACUCUAUAUUGUUCUGAUCAGCUUGCAUGGCCUAGUCCGUGGAGAAAACAUGGAACUGGGUCGUGACUCUGAUACUGGUGGCCAGGUCAAGUAUGUAGUAGAGCUUGCUAGGGCACUUGCCAAAAUGCCUGGAGUGUAUAGGGUGGAUCUGUUCACGCGCCAAGUAGCAUCACCAGAUGUUGAUUGGAGCUAUGGUGAGCCCACAGAGAUGCUUACCGCGGGUCCGGAAGAUGCUGAUGGUAUUGAUGUUGGAGAAAGCAGCGGCGCCUAUAUUAUUAGAAUACCCUUUGGUCCUCGUGAUCGGUACCUUCCUAAAGAAGUCUUGUGGCCUCAUAUUCAGGAAUUUGUGGAUGGUGCUCUGGCUCACGUGCUGAACAUGUCUAAAGUCCUGGGUGAGCAAAUUGGUGAAGGCCAGCCAGUUUGGCCAUAUGUUAUACAUGGGCACUAUGCGGAUGCAGGGGAUAGUGCUGCUCUCCUUUCUGGUGCUUUAAAUGUCCCAAUGGUUCUGACCGGACACUCUCUAGGUAGGAAUAAGUUAGAACAGCUUCUCAAGCAAGGAAGGCAAUCAAAAGAGGAUAUCAAUUCAACAUAUAAAAUUUGGAGGAGGAUAGAGGGAGAAGAGCUCUCACUUGACGCUGCAGAACUUGUCAUUACAAGUACAAAGCAGGAGAUUGAAGAACAAUGGGGAUUGUAUGAUGGUUAUGAUGUGAAGCUUGAAAGAGUUCUGCGAGCUCGUUCUAGACGGAACGUUAAUUGCCACGGGCGAUACAUGCCACGGAUGUCGGUGAUUCCUCCUGGAAUGGACUUCAGCAAUGUUGUGGCUCAAGCGGACACUUCAGAUAUUGAUGGAGAACUUAUGUCAUUAAGUAAUCCGGACGGGGCUUCUCCGAAAGCAGUUCCAGCAAUAUGGGCAGAGGUGGUGCGGUUUUUGACAAAUCCCCAUAAGCCAAUGAUUUUAGCUUUAUCAAGACCUGAUCCAAAAAAGAAUCUCACUACGCUUUUGAAAGCUUUUGGAGAAUGUCGCCCAUUAAGGGAGUUUGCUAAUCUUACGCUCAUUAUGGGAAAUAGGGAUGAUAUUGAUGAGAUGUCCGCAGGAAAUGCCAACGUGUUGACAACAGUACUGAAACUCAUAGAUAGGUACGAUUUAUAUGGGCAAGUGGCCUUCCCGAAGCAUCACAAGCAAAAUGAUGUUCCAGAUAUCUAUCGUCUUGCUGCUAAAACAAAGGGUGUUUUUAUAAAUCCAGCACUGGUGGAACCAUUUGGGCUUACCCUAAUAGAGGCUGCAGCACAUGGACUUCCAAUGGUAGCAACUAAGAAUGGUGGUCCAGUUGACAUCCACAGGGCGCUGAACAACGGGUUAUUGGUAGAUCCUCAUGAUCAGAAAUCAAUUGCAGAUGCUCUACUUAAACUUGUUUCUGAGAAAAACUUAUGGCAUGAUUGUCAACGAAAUGGAUGGAAAAACAUACACCUCUACUCAUGGCCAGAACACUGCCGUACAUACCUGACAAAGGUGGCAGCAUGUAGGAUGAGACAUCCAAUGUGGAAAACAGACACACCAGCAGAUGAAUUAGCUGUUGAAGAGUCCUUAAAUGACUCACUUAAGGAUGUGGACAUGUCCUUGAGGCUAUCUAUCGAUGGCGAAAAGUCCUCGCUAAAUGAGUCAGUUGACUAUUCAGCAGCCACAGGUGGCGACCCUGAGCUACAAGAUCAAGUGAAACGGGUCCUAAGCAAGAUGAAAAAACCAGAACCGAAGCCUCAAGAUGCUGAAGUAAAAUCUAAAGUGUCUGACAAUGUACAGAGCAAAUAUCCAAUGUUGAGGCGGCGGCGUAGGUUAAUUGUUAUUGCCCUUGAUUGCUAUGAUAGCAACGGAAAUCCACAAAAGAAGAUGAUUCCAAUAAUACAACAGAUAUUCAAGGCCAUUAAAUUAGACCCUCAGAUAGCAAGAAUGUCAGGCUUUGCUAUAUCAACGGCUAUGCCCAUGUCAGAACUAACAAAAUUCUUGCAGUCGGAGAAUGUUAAAAUAAAUGAGUUUGACGCCUUAAUUUGUAGUAGUGGAGGUGAGGUGUUUUACCCAGGAAUAUACACAAAGGAAGAUGGAACUCCGUUACCUGAUCCAGAUUACUUAUCACACAUUGACUAUCGUUGGGGAUCUGAUGGUGUUAAAAAAACAAUUUGGAAACUUAUGAAUGCACCUGAUGGUGAAGAACCUAAAUCACCAAAUUCUUCAAGCCCUAUCAAGGAAGAUCAAGGAGCAAGCAGCUCCCAUUGCCUUUCAUACAUGAUAAAGGAUGUCAAUAAGGCAAAGAGAGUAGAUGAUAUAAGGCAGAAGCUUAGGAUACGUGGCCUCCGCUGCCAUGUUAUGUACUGCAGGAAUUCAACAAGAAUGCAAGUAAUUCCUCUCCUUGCAUCUCGAGCACAAGCUCUUAGGUACCUAUUUGUCCGUUGGAGGCUAAAUGUUGCCAAUAUGUAUGUGAUUCUUGGAGAAACCGGUGACACUGACAUUGAGGAAAUGAUAUCCGGGACACAUAAGACCUUAAUUAUGAAAGGUGUGGUUGAAAAGGGUUCUGAGAAUCUGCUAAGAUCAUCAGUUAGUUACCUAAGAGAAGACAUCGUUCCAGCAGCAAGCCCGCUGGUGUCCUACGCAAGUGCAGGUGCAACGCCUGAAGAUAUUGCCAAUGCCUUGAGGAAACUCUCCAGAUCUGGUGGCAUGUGAGAUGCUAGUAAAUUCACUGGAAAAUUGUAUGCAUCAGUAGAAUCUUACCGCUAUGUAAUGAAACAUUUGUUGUCAGUUACCUACAGAACCAGAUUAUACCAUACCAUCUACUUACUAAAAUUAAGUAUUAGUACAUCUGCUG